AUUUCUUAUCACCCAGACAAGUAUAAAAGAAGGGACCAAUAAGCUGUAGUACCACAUUCCAAGUUGAGGAUCUGGAACUUUUACACCUUCAACAAUGCUGAGGAUCCUGGUGUUGACUACCCUGGUCCUUCUUGGACAUACAGCCGAGUCUGAUCACAAGCCUGAAUUUCUGGAGCGCUUGGAAGGACAAGAGGGACGAGUUGUUGGUGGGGACGAGGCAACACCCAACUCCUGGCCGUGGCAGAUCUCGCUGCAGUAUAACUCUGGAGGAAACUAUUACCACACCUGCGGAGGCACCCUGAUUAAGAGGCGCUGGGUGAUGACGGCCGCUCACUGCGUCGACAGGGGGAUGACCCUGCGUGUGGUGGUGGGAGAUCACAAGUUGUCUGUGCAUGAAGGGACCGAGCAGUACAUUGCUGUGCAGCAGGUUGUCAUCCACCCAUACUGGAACAACAACAACAUUGCUGCUGGCUAUGACAUUGCAUUGCUGAAGCUGUCUCAAGAUGCUGUACUGAACUUUUACGUCCAGCUGGGGGAUCUAGCUAGCGAGGGCCAGAUUCUUCCCCACAACAACAACUGCUAUGUCUCCGGCUGGGGCUACACACAAUCGAACGGGCAGGUUUCUCCUGUGCUGCGGCAGGCCUACCUCCCAGUGGUAGACUAUAAUACCUGCUCCAGUGCUUACUGGUGGGGCUCCACUGUAAAAUCCAGCAUGGUGUGCGCCGGGGGAGACGGAGUGCGCUCGGGCUGCCAGGGGGAUUCCGGUGGCCCCUUGAACUGCAUAGUAAAUGGAAGGUACUAUGUCCAUGGUGUGACCAGCUUUGUCUCAUCCAGAGGCUGCAAUGAGAAAAUGAAGCCAACAGUCUUCACACGAGUCUCGGCUUACAUCAGCUGGAUGAACGAGAUCAUGGCCAGGAACUAAACUACAGUGCUGCAGCCCACGGUCCCUGUGAGAGAUACUAGAACAAAUUGUGCAUGCAUGUCUGUGUGGG